AUGUAUCGUUUUCGAUCACAGCUUUUCACGGGGAUUUCUGCUGUCGCCACCGCCCACUCUUACCCCCGACGCUUCUCGCCUCUGUUGUUAGCCGAAGACUCGCCUCUCAGCCGCCCGCCGCACAGACGCACGAGUAAAAAGUGCAGCUCCAUCGGCUGAUCCUCGCUAAGCUCCGACUCUGGGCGGCACCGGGCGUCCCACGAUGCCGAAGAACAAGAAGCGGAACACUCCCCACCGCGGUGGCAGUGCUGGCGGCGGCGGGUCAGGAGCAGCCGCAGCGACGGCGGCGACAGCAGGUGAGGGGUAUCCCCGCCGCCGGCAUCCCGGUUGCCGGCCAGGCUGGCGAGUCUCCCAUUCUUGGGCACGGUGGGAGUUGUAGUUCUUUCUCUGAUGUACACAUUUGCGUUUCCAAGGUGCGUGGUUUGGCUACUGAACUACAAUUCCCAGCGUACCCUGGGCGCUGCUCCUCGCGCGAUUUAGAUCUGGCGUGCGAACCGGACUCUUGGGCACCGGCUGUGGGGGCGGGGAGGAACAGGUCCUUGGGCCUGAGAGUGUGUCGGGACAGGGGCUGACCGGGAGCUGGGCGGGAAAGGAACCAUUGUCAGAGUUCCUUUCUCGGCGGAGAUCUCGCCCGAUCUGUUCCCGACCACGGGUGGGGAAGAACGGGGAGUUGAGUCCGUGGCGUCACUGGCCGCCUUUGACACCCCGGCUCCAACAUGGGGCUCCUGGGAUGCCAAACGUCCGGCGGGUUUGGACGGGCUCUUGCGUCACGCGGCCUGGGCCUUGCGCCGUGGGCCCGGGGUGACGCAGAGGCGCCGGGGAAGCUUUCCGUCUCGCAUGUCCCCCUGGCCAGGCGGAGGCGUCGGAGGCGGGAGGAUCACUUUCUCCCCCCUAGGUUGUGCUCCUUCCCCUAACUGGCACCUGGAGAAGCCCUGAACCUCUAGCACCUCUGCGACCACCCGAGGCGACCUCCUGCUCACGGGGGAAAGAAACGCGUUCUCCUUUGUGCUGCAUUCUAUAUGUUCUCUGCAGUGAGCCCCAGAGAGGCAGGGUGGUGAGGAGCUUAGGUUGCAGUUGGCUAAAAUUUGAGGUUAUUGUGCCCUCGCUACGAAGUUGAAACUUUUCCUGGGUGGGAUGGGUAGGUGCUUAACUGAAUUUAUGGUUUUCUACUUAUUAUAUGGUUAAGAAAAAGGAUUCCAAUUGGAAUUGGAAGGCCCUUCUAGGAGAGACCCCAAUAAACACAAAUCGAGUAUUAAAUAACCUGGGUAAUAUUUUAUUUAGAAAUUUAAACAGGAGUUAAAUAUUGGAGUAUUCUCCGACGUUAUCACACUGGAACUAUUAGCCAUUAGGUAUUUUUGGACACAGUUGUCCCUCUGCCACGGCUGCCACUCAGAAUGAUAUGCCUUUGUUCACAAGAAAAGUAAAUAUGGGGUUAUGUUGUUAAAGGUUAUUGGAAACUGGCAUUUAAAAAAGCUCAAAAGCUCGUGAUCAUGUAUUAAACAUUUAAUAAUUGACCAUAGGGAGGGAUUCUUAAAACAGCAAUUUUUUACAUUUUUUAGGUGCCUCUUUAUUUUGAAUGCUCUCCAUGUUGAUGAAAUUCAUUCUUUAUCAAGAUGUAAAAUAUGUAAUUAGUUUAUUGUGGCCUCUGGUUGCUCUAUGUGAAUUGAGGAUACUUUUUUUUUUUUAAGGGAAAGAGGGAGUCUGGCUCUGUCGCCCAGGCUGGAGUGCAGUGUGGUGUGAUCAUAGCUCACUUCAACCUCUUAACUCCUGGGCUCAAGCAAUUCUCCCUCCUCAGCCUCCUGUAGCUACGACUACAGGCAUGUGACACCAUUCCUGGCUACUUUUUACAUUUUUUGUAGAGACAAGGUCUAUGUUGGCCAGGCUGGUCACGAGCCCCUCGUCCCCAGGGAUCUUCCUGCCUCAGCCUCCCACAAUGCUGGGACGGUGCCUGGUCUGAGGAUAUUUCUUACCACUGUGUUUCAGCUUUUCCUCAUCUGAAUCAAACAUUUGAAUUCUUUCUAGAAGAUAUUUAUUUUAUUCUUUUACCCUUUUGUUGAUGAAAUGGAAAAGUUUGAAAGCUAAAGUUUGAAAGUUAUAAUGAUGUUAGUAAUGGCCUACAUCACGCACCAACCUUUAUUCCCAUCUAAAGUUUCUGGUCAAGCCUCCUUCCCUCUUUGUGCUUGUAGUACCUAUACAGGCCUCUGGUGGCUGUACGGGGAUUGCCUUUUAAAUUUUGCCUCAGGGCUCAUUUGUGACCUUUCAUCAGCUUUAUUGCUGCUACCUUUUCACUAUUUUAGUAGAAAAGAUCCAUUUCACCACUGAAUUUUAGCAUAUGUAAACAAGUGGAAAAUAAUUCUUUGAUUAAUUUGUAGCACAAUACAUGCUUUGAAUAUCUUUGGAAGUGUGUGCUAGAACUUGUUAACUGUGGUUACCUCUCAGAAGUGGAGCUGGGGAAAGGUAUGGGGGUGAGAUUUACUUUUUAAAACUUUAACUUGGUCCCAUGUGAAUGUUUUACUUGUUUAAUAAACAAUGAAUAAAUAAUAGUUAAGUAGAAGAGAUGGAAAAUUACACAAACUUUUGCUUACUUACAAGCCACUUACCUAACUGGUAUUUUUAAACGACAUCUAAAAGAAAUGGGAUUCAAAUGAGGUCUCCACUAUGUAACCAAAUUGUCAUUACUACUUUAAUGAGUUUUCCAUUUAAACUCUUUAUUUUUUAUGUUAGUGGAGAGUUUUAGGAAGCUAAUAAAAUUGACUUCUUUUAUACAGGUAUGUCGUAGCACUUAAUUUAGAGAAUAUUUUCAAGAAAGAACAAAACCUUGUUAGUAAGCCCUCUAGAAAUAAGUACUUUAUGUGCCUAGAGUGCCAUCUCUUUCAUGGUACUUAGGAUCACAGUGUGGGUGAGUUUGACCUAAAUAUCAGGCAUUCAUACAGGGUUCUUUUUCUUGAUAUAUAUAUAUGUGUAUUUUUUUUCUUUCCCUCGAAUCUUAGAAAUCAUUAAUACUGAUGAGUUAAGGGAGCAGAGUAAGAGCUGCAUAGGAGGAAUACUCUUAGAAAUAGGCUAUGAAAAAGAAAAACUGUGAAUUGACUUGUGAAUAAA